GCGCAUCGGGAUAAAAUAGAACUAAAUCGAAAGAAAACGAACACGAAUACGAACGCGUUGCGAGUUGCGAAUUUCAUCUUUUAAUAAAAUUUACAUUUGUUCAAAAAGUUAAACUAUCCUGAUUUCAAGAUUUAGGGAUAGCGAACGAUGUCCUCGAGUCUUUCUGCGCGACUUAAACAUCCCAAAAAGCACGAACUCUCGAAAUCGCACAGUCAGGCACAACUUUUAGCGAAUAAACUCCGCCAAGAUGGGGUACUAUCUACGGUGGAAGAUGUUUUGCAAGCGGUUGAUCAAGUCGCGGCAUUAUUGUCUUCGAAUUUAGCAGACAGUCAUCUUUCUUAUAAAGAGAGUGUUAUUAAUUUAUGCCAACAUCUUAAGGUAUACGGGGUGUAUUUGGAAAUAUUAUUUAAAGAGCAGCUCGAUCACGCGUUCAAGAUAUUUCGUGAUAAAGCUCAGGACGACAUCCAAGUCGACGUGUUGUCUCGUCUCCAUUUGUUGGAAUUAAUCGAAUUGCGUGCUAAAGGAUGGAAAGGCACCGAGGGAAUGAAUUCCUAUUAUAAAAAGAAAAUUAACCAAUUCGGUAGUUCACAGGUAGAUAUGACCGAAUCUAUAUCUAGUUUGAACGAAUCUAUUGGUACAACUUUGACUUCCUCGCCCCCGCCAUUGUUGGGGCCGGGUGAAGUUUUGAAACCUUCGGGUAAAUUUACCAAACCUACCAGAAUACCUGGUAAGAAAUAUUGUAAAGACGAAGUUGUUAUCAGGAAUGCCGAUUCUGGGAAAGUUAUGGGUAUCAAGGGAAGGCGAGUACAUAUGAUAGAGGAAUUGAGCGAAACUAUAAUUUCUUUUCAAAGAGUUAAUCCUGGAGCUAAAGAACGAUUAGUUCAAAUUACCGGCGCUAACGAAGAAAGCAUCAAUCACGCGAAACAGUUGAUCGAAGAUACGAUACGGAGGAACGCUUCGCCUGUUAGAGAUCCAUCGAUAUCGACGAGCGUCGGUCCUCUGACGGGUUCCAGUUCGAGUAUCAAUUCCUCGGCAUCGGAUGAUAGCGCGUUGCCGAAUUCGGCGCGCGCAUCCCGCGCGUUAAUGCACAGCUUGAGCACCAACGACGCCAACUUGGGCGAAUACAAGUACACGGUCAUCGUCAACGGUUGCACCAUUAAAAUUACCGGGGAUAAUUUGGAUCUGGUUAGGACGAGUAAAUUAGUAUUGGAUGAAUAUUUUUCUGGUGAACCAAUCCACGACGUGGCACAAUUUUACAGUUUUGACAGUUUACCGCAACCCAUAAUAACCGAGGAAUUUCCAAUCACGCCCCUAUCGCCGCCGGAAUCUCUACCUUCGCCGGAGGCGGUACACAACGGACAGACCGAUGGAGAUAAAAUCAAAUUGCGAAAACCCCGACUCUCUAUAGAAGAGAUAAUCAAGAAUAAGGGUAACGCGAAUGUCGAAAGAGAAAAAGAGAAAGAAAAUACUCCGACGAAACCUUCGAAUCUGACGUAUUCAAUUGAAUUCUUGGCGAAUUUAGCCAUGUCUCCACUCUGUCUAACUCAACCGAUAGAAUGGGAAAGAAUACGUAACGAUUAUCCUACUUUAGUGAGAAACGUCGUUGAAUAUUUCGACGCGAAGACGUAUCUGUCGACGCGAACGACGGAGCCGACGGGCGUCCUGAGCGCCGACGACGUCGAUCCUUUAGUUUUCGAAGUUUGACGUUGGAAACGUUCGAGCUCAAUGAAUAUAUGAUUUUGUGUGGUAGGAAAAUAUUUUCCGGCGAAUUUAUAUUUAGAAAUAUCGAUAUAUGUUUAUUGAGAAAGCGAAAAAAAAAAAAAAAAAUUUGAUAUAUUUGUAUUUUAUAAAAUAAUCCAGUGAAAAUAUGCUUUAGAUUAUUGUUGUCAUCAAUUUUUUUGUCUUCUUAUAUAAUUGACUGAUUUUUAUUUAUUUUUCUUUUUUUUUUAUCCAAAUAGUAGGAUUUUUGAAAGCGGUGGUUUCGUAGCUUCCAUAUUGCGAACCGUCUAGUGUGAAACUACCUUAAUAAUUUUUUUCAAAUAAAUAUAUAGGUAACCACUGCUUUGUAGUGUCUCGACCGUAGAUAUUACUUAAUUGUUUUUUUUUCUUUGUGAUAAUUGUGAAAUAUAUUGGGUGUUCCUAAAAAUUAGUUUUUUCUAAUAUUUUAAUUUAUAUAAUAGGGACAACCAGUAUAGAAGAAUUUUUGUUAACAUUUAACAUUUUUUUUUUGUUUCUAGUAGUUACUCAUUUUAAAUGAAUUUUUUUUAAAUAUUUAGAUAUUGUGUUAUGUAUUGAGAAUCUAUUUUGUUUUUUACUUUUUAUUCUUUUGUUUGUGAAAGUAGAUUUGUGAUUGUUUAUUGUGAAAUAUUUGUUUUAAUGAGUUGUUUUUCUUUUCUAUAUUUUUGUUUUUAUGUGUUCGUCAAUACUUUUAAAUAUAUUUAACAUAUUAAUAAAGUUUUUUUCUACA